AUGUCUGAUCUUGAUAUCCAAACUCCUAUUACAUUUGAUCCUUUUGCUGAUGCAAAUGCUGAGAAUUCUGGGGCUGGGUCAAAGGAAUACGUUCAUAUCCGCAUACAGCAGCGUAAUGGUCGGAAAAGUCUGACGACUGUGCAAGGACUGAAGAAAGAGUUCAGCUAUAACAAAAUCUUGAAGGAUCUUAAGAAAGAAUUUUGCUGCAAUGGAACUGUUGUCCAGGACCCUGAAUUAGGCCAGGUUAUUCAACUGCAAGGCGAUCAGCGAAAGAAUGUUUCUACUUUCCUUGUUCAGGCUGGGAUUGUGAAGAAGGAGCAUAUCAAGAUUCAUGGUUUCUGA